AUGGAGAAUCAAUAUCAAGAAUUUCACCCAUUCAGUAGAGAGCCUGAGGUUCAGAGGGAGUUUAGGGAAUAUCUCCAGGAAAACACCAACAAGAAGCACAUAUCCGCAGAGAGGAAGCACAGUCUUAUACGAUGGCUCGCUGACAAGGAUGCCAAGCCCCAAACUCAGAGUGACUACUCUCUACGAAACUACGCGUUUAAGACUUAUAAAUGGGACGGUGCCAGGCAUAUCCUCUGGGGCAUCGGCAAGAGCGAGAAGCCCGAGAAGCCCGCCAAGAACGGAAAAGGCAAGAAGCCUUGGAGGAGUGGGAAGGGCGGAAAGAGCAGCAGGAAGUUCCAGGAUAGGGUGGUUGUCACCGAAGAUGAGAUCUUGAAUGUGGUGGAAAAAGUCCACAUGUCCAAUGAUCAUGGAGGGUGGGAUGCCACCUGGGACGAAGUCAGCAGCAAGUAUUGUGGGAUCGUGAGAUCGGAUGUCAUCUUCCUCUUGAAGAGGUGUUACAUCUGCACCAUAAAGCCUCGCAAACAAUCCAGGAGGAAUGCGACCCCUGAUGACUCCCCUGAUGAGUCCCCUGCUUCAAGUUCAUCUGCCCCAGGGCCGUCCUCUGGGCAGCAAGCUUUUCAGCAACCACUACAAUUCUAUGGGCAGCAAGCCCCUGAGCAGCAAGAUUUCGAUCAAGUCCUCGACCAGUACUCCCAAGCAACGUUCGACUAUAGUUUCGGCAAUGAUUUUGGGAACAACAGCUUUCAGACUGAUAGCUUUCAGACUGAUAGCUUUCAAACUGACAGCUUCCAAACUGAUAGCUUCCAAACUGAUUGCUUUCAAACUGAUAGCUUCCAAACCGAUAGCUUCCAAUACGAUAGCUUUCAAACUGAUAGCUUUGAAGGCUUGGAUCAGCUCUGGAACGAAGAAGUGCCGGAUGUCAACCAUAUACCAGAUAUGAGCCAUAUGCCAGAUAUCGGCCAUCCAGCUGUUGGCUAUCCGAAUAUCGACAUGACCAACAUAGACAACAUAGAUCCUGCUUUGCUCAGCAACGACUUCCAAAACAUGAGCCUCACGUAUACCUACCCACUUCCCGAAGAGCCUUCGGGCAGCGACACUUACCCCUACGAUCCCGAUUUCAUGCUAGACUCUGUGUAA